GAAGAGGAAGACCAGCUUGUGGUUUAGUGAAUCUGUCAGCAGUGUUUCUGGCUAUGCCACUCACUGCUGGCUGUAUGAGUUGUCGCACAGAGCAGAUGUUUGAGCAGUUUAAGAGGGAAAUGAAAGAGUAACUCAUACUUCAGUUUGUUUAUUCUUUCUGCUGACUUAUGAUCACUGUCAGCCGUCACCUCCGGCCAACGAGGAGUUGGGUGUGUGAAGCAAAAGAUGAGUGAAAAACAUGAAGGGGGCAGAAUUUUUUUAUAUUCUAGGAUGUGUUGAGUAGGAUGAAGAUUUACGGGUAGCAGACAGAUGGCUAUCAUAUCACAUAGGAGUUUCACACUUAUCUGUGGAUCUCGAACGUUCCUGCUCCUCCUCCUCCUCAUCCUCAGCUCGUCUCUGCUUUAUUUCAGCCUCUUAGAGCGGACGCUCUUUCAGCCCAAAUAUCACCAAGAUGUUCCUCAGAGGAACAUCAGCAUCCUGCUGUGGCACUGGCCGUUUGGACGCUCCUUCAGGCUCCGUGGAGACAAAUGUCUGGAAAAGUACAACAUCAGCCGUUGUUUCCUCACUGCUAACACCUCCACCUUCUCGUCUGCAGACGUGGUCAUCUUCCAUCACCAGGAGCUGAGCAGAGGUCGCUCCCUGCUGCCUCUGCACCGGGAUCGCCACGCCUCCCAGCACUGGGUUUGGCUGUCCAUGGAGCCUCCGGUCAACAACUUGAACGUCUCACAGCUCAACGGCCUCUUCAACUGGACUAUGAGUUACAGGCGAGACGCAGACAUAGCUAUCCCUUAUGGAAAGACUUUGUUAGGAGGUGAUGGACACACCUUUACAGCGGCUCCAAACCGCUCCUGCCUGGUGGGCUGGGUGGUGAGCAAAUACCAGCCUCAGCAGGCUCGAGCUGCUGUUUACCAGAGUCUAAAGAAGUUCAUCCCCAUACAGGUGUACGGCAGGUGGAACAAGAAACCCCUGUCAAACAAGAAGCUACUGCCCACCAUCUCGAAGUGCUUUUUCUACCUUUCUUUUGAGAACUCUGAAGCCACUGAUUACAUCAGCGAGAAGCUCUGGAGGAACGCUUUCCAAGCAGGUGUCGUACCGGUGGUCCUUGGCCCCAGCAGGGCCACCUAUGAGGCCCUGGCGCCCCCUGGUUCCUUCAUCCACAUUUCUGAUUUCAGGAGCACAGAAGAUCUGGCCGUAUAUCUGAAGCUUGUGGCUGCAGACAGGAAGGCGUAUGAGCAGUACUUUCAGUGGCAUCACACUCACAGAGUAAAAACCUACACUGACUGGAUAGAAAGGCUGUGCCAAAUCUGUGUUCAAUACCCCCGUUUACCAGCAAACAGAGUCUAUGAUGACCUGGAGGGCUGGGUUCACAGCUGAAGCCUGCUUCAGACCAAAGACACACAACAAGAUGAGUUUAGUUUAACCUGCAGUUCAACAAAAUCCCACUUUUUCCAUUUCCAUCUGAUGUCUUAGGGAGGCUCAAAUUCUGUAUAUUAAAGUUUAUGAAGAUGUACUAACUAAGAUAAAUCCUUCCUUUCAUCCUCUUCAAAAUUGAGCAGCCACUGAGAACACAAUAGAUUAAAAAAAAAAUGAAACAUAUUAGUUACCAUCAAAGAACAGCUAAUGUUACUAUUUAGCAAUCUUCUAGCUAAUAUUAUCUUUUGCAAGAAAUGGCAGAUGACAUUACAUAUUGACAUUGACAGUGUUGUAUGAAGAAAUUUAAACAGAGUUCAUAGUGAAGUAAUGUUAACUGUGGUUAAACAUUGGCUGUUGUCUAACUGUAGCUAAUCAGUGAUCAAAUAUCACUCACACUAUCAUCCGGAAAUCAGAGAGAGAGAGAGAGUGGAAUGACAUGUGGGAAGGGCCGCCCCUAACGCACACUAUGAGGCGCGCACACUAACCAAAUAUGUUUGUAUUACAAAAUAAGUCUGUCAUGUCUCUCUCACUCUGUGGCUCCCUCCUGAUUGAGGUUCAUUCCUUUCACCUGCUCUCACCUGCACACCAGCUCUCCAUCUCCUCAUCAACUCAGCAGUAUAUAUACCCUGGCUCUCCAUCCACUCAUCGCCAGAUCGUUGUAUCAACUACUGCGGUAGACUACGGCUCAGGCUAAAUUAAGAUUUUGAAAAAAACCUUUGAAAUUAAUCUUUUGUGCUUGUUUUGUUUUUUGAGUCUCACCCUGUUUUUCCUUUACUUCAGUAUCACCAGUCACCCACCUGCCUUCCUGCUCAGUCAUCUGCCUCAACCUGAUCUCAGCCACACUCACACCCCUACUCUGGGCUGGUCAGCCUUCAUCCCCUUCACUCUGCUGACCUCCAGAAUCUUCAACCCAUCUUCAUCUCCAUUUGCCACAAUAAACCUCAUUACCAAUCAACCCCUCUGUUUGUGUGUCCCACAUCUGGGUCCUAAAUUCACUGGUCGUAACAAAGUCUGUUUGACCCUUAACUAUCAUCUCCUAUAACACCUUAAAAAGUAGUGUUAGCAUUCAGCCACUUUUUUGCUAACGACUUUAUCCGCUCGCUAGAGGCUGAGGGCGAAUGUUAACUACUUUCUGACUGACGCUAAAACAUGCAAAGCUUGUCGAACCUUUUCCUCUCAUCAUCUAACACCUUAAUUUACAGUACAGUACUGUAGACCUAAUGUUAACUGUGACAGCUGGUAUAAAUGAGCUAGAAGGGCUCAGCUCUCUCUUUCUUUGAUAUAUUUAUUCUUACACGAGAAGGGGAACUAUCUGUUGAAUCAGUCAAGAAGCCUUCUGAGGUGAGUGGCAAUAAAUCCUGUCAUCGUUUGGAUGCUUAUUACGCAACUUUCCAUAAAGUCCUUGAGUUCAGGGAACAUUGCAACCCUGCAAGCCCACCGCAGAGCUCCUUAUACCUUGUCAGAAAAAGCAAAAGCAUUUGUUUAGGACUUAGAGGGACAUAUUUAGAUGGUUCAGUUUGUCAGAAAUUCCUGUCAAAUAUGCGAGAUACAGUAGAACCCCACUUUGGGUCAGUCAUUUUGUCGGCAAGAGAAGAACCACAGUUUAACAGGAAGAUGCUAUUUUUUUCAGCACUGGGUACAGGUCACUCAGCAUUAGGAAUCUAAACAGACUACAGGUGUUAAACUGUGAGGUUAACUGUUAGUGCCCUAACACCUGUACAGAUUAAGGACUUUAAAGAAGGCCCUGUCAAUCCUGUUUGAUGCAGUCUUCCUUUGUUUAUGAGUUUAAGUUGCAUCCAUCCAUCAGCAGAUUUAGCCAAAUGACUAAUUGUGUUUCCUUUAACCUGUUUGUCACUCAGGUAUUUGUUGUCUAUUGGACUUUUAUUUAUUGUAAUAUCUUUUUAUGUUGAACUUAUUGUUUGCUGGAUGAACGUAUGACUGCUGUCUGCAAAACAAGUAGCCCUCUUACGGGGAUAAUAAAGACGAUCUUGAACCUUGAUCAGUACCUCUUUCAGCAGUUCAAACAAUCUUGUUAUUACGUCAUCCUGAAAAAAAGUCAUCUGACCUCUGUGUGAAACAGCAUUGAUUUGAGGUCAGAUCUCAUUUCAUCACAGGUUGUGGAACAGUCUACUGAUUUGAAAGAAGUUCCCCAUUUUAACUCAUGUUUGUAGAACACCGACAAACUCUUGUUCGAG